AUCACAAAAUGUCAAUAUUGGCAAGAGUGACAGACAUGAUGACAUUUCCAAUGUUUUGAAAACAUCCAGAACUUCCAAUAAUUUACAAAUUGAGCGCGUUACAAGCUGGAACUUGAGUCUCAAAGUAUAAUUGUGGAGAAGUGUGAGGCGACGAUACAUUAUUUUCUAAGUGCGGCCACUUUGGGUGUCCUAACCCCAUUCUUGUGUCCCCGUUCAUAACUUUGGGCAUGGAAGCCUCCUCUUCAGCCGCGGCUCAGGAGCCUGAAAACGGCAGCGAAGAAAAGAAGCCCCAGAAGCAGACGAGCCGGUUUAGUAACCUGCAGAACAUUCGACAGAAAAAGCAGCAGUUGUUAUUGCUGCCCAUGAGCAAGAAGUUACAAAGGCUUGCCAUGUAUUCUAAGUGCCAGGAACAAAAUUGCGAUUGUAUCGGCUGGAAAAGGCCUGUGAAGACAGAAAAUCCACCUGCUCCUGAAUUUGACGAUCCUUGUCGAUGCGGCCAUUUAUUAGAACUGCAUGUAUCACAUCUCAGAGCGAAACCCGAAGAAACUAUUAAUUGGCUAUUAGGAAUGGCCUCGGAUGUGGAUAUGGUGCAAGCUGCCAUGUCUAAGCAGAAGAACCCAGAAACGCGAAAAGUGUACUUGUAUAUUUUCACGGUCUUAAGGAAUUCCGUUUUAACAUUGGAAAAACCUGUAGUGGAUGGUCCGGUGGGACAACCGCCUUUCGAAAAACCCAGCAUUCAAAAGGCAGUUACGAAUCUACUGGUAUAUAAAUACUCUCAUAUUGGCCAGGAGCUGAAGACGAUGUACGAACUAGUCAAGCUGCUUUUCCAUUGCUUGAACACAUGGGACUUUCCAGCGCCCAGCAGCCAAAAGUAUCUUGUAAGCCCAGAAGAGGCCAGCCUGUAUACCAUCGAAUAUACCAGGUGGUUAAUUUUUUGCCACAUUCCCACGUUCUGCGAUUCGUUGCCACACUAUGAGACAACGCAAGUGUUUGGGCGCCGGCUACUCAGAGCGGUAUUUAAGUACAUCCGCAAGCAAAUGAUGGACCAGUUUCACAAGGAAAGAGACUCCAUGUCUCCAGAAAAAAAGAUCAUGCUUCUCAAUCAUUUUCCACCGUUCCUGAAUCAACUCGACGAAGAAAUUUACUCACCAAAUUCUCCCAUUUGGGACCCUGAAUUCAAAGCUCAACCAAUCACCUUCCCAUUGGAGAGUGGUAAAGGAAAUCGAAGUAGUGUUUGCUUGAGAAAAGGGGAACCUGAGCGCGUAUCUGGGAGUGGGGGCGAGAAAAGUGCAGCUUCGACCACAUCAGUUUCGCCAGGAAAAACGGUGAAGUCCUCAGACUCCCAAAGAGACGCAAAAAGGAGAAAACUCGCACCGGAAGAAGUAUUCGAGGAUCUUCCGAGAGAAACCGUGGAACAGAUUACUAGCAUUAUUGACGAUCCUAAUUACAUGAGUGGAACGGACGUGUUUUCUGAAAAUUCCGCAGCCACAGACGAAGCCCCGAAAAACGAAGAAAAAAAUGGCAUAAUUCAACUGCACUUGAUUGGAAACAGUUUGACUCAGCCCGUGUCGAAACAAGUCAUGUUGUGGCUGAUCGGGUUGAAGAACGUGUUUUCCCACCAGUUGCCCAGAAUGCCAGAAGAAUACAUCACUUUGCUGCUAUUUGAUCCUAAACACCGGACGAUUGCUUUGGUGAAAAACAACCAGCCAAUCGGAGGCAUCUGCUUCCGGCCGUUUUUCACGCAAGGUUUCACUGAGAUCGUUUUUUGCGCUCUAAUUUCGCGGGAGCAAAUCAAAGGCUACGGCACUCACAUGAUGAAUCACCUCAAAGAUUAUCACGUUUCUAAGGGCAUUUAUCAUUGUUUGACAUAUGCGGACAAAGAAGCUAUUGGUUACUUUGAACGGCAAGGAUUUUCCGACCACAUCAAGUUGAACGCUUCAGUUUACCAAGGAUACAUCAAGGAGUAUGAAGCCGCGACCCUGAUGCAUUGCGAGUUGAAUCCGAAGAUUAUUUACACUCAAGCCACCAAUGUGUUGCAGAGGCAGAAGAAAUUUAUCAAGCAACUCAUAUGCCAGCAGCAGAAAACGGUGUCGAAAGUACACCCAGGGAUAACUUUUUUUAAAGACGGCGUGAAAAGUAUUCCAGUUGAAUCAAUACCCGGCCUAGAAGAAACAGGCUACAAGCCCGCUACCAGAGUGACUAGAGGACAGCUUUUAGAGGAAUCUCAGGACAUAGAUACCCUUGCCAAUAUGCUGAAAACCGUACUUAAUGCUGUAAAGAAUCACGAAGCUUCCUGGCCGUUUAGACUGCCAGUGAUCAAAGCCGACGUUAAGGACUAUUAUGACCAUAUCAAAUACCCAAUGGACCUCAAAACCAUGACCGAAAGACUUAAGGCCAAGUAUUACGUUUCUCGACGCCUGUUUAUCGCCGAUAUGAUGAGAAUUUUCACCAAUUGUAAAAUCUACAACGCCCCAGAAACCCCCUAUUAUGAAUGUGCGGUUACUUUGCAGCAUUAUUUUCAGACCAGGAUGAAAGAGCUCGGAUUAUGGGACAAAUAAAUACGCUCUAUCUCCUAUUGCCGCAAAGGCCGCUUUCACUUUGGACUUGAUGACUUCCAACUGUCCAGGCGGUACCGGUUUUCCAGCAGGAUAGUGGAACCUGGGAAUGUUAACAUUCCGAUGGGCCCGCACGUGCCUUUGGAGAGUCGUGUGUUGCAAGGAGGCUUGCUUUGGUAAAGGCUAAAAACAAUAUAUUGCAUAGAAGAACCACGUGUAACUAAACACCUGACUGGGCUGAAAACAUGUAUCAAAUGUAAAUAAGUGCAAACAGAAAUUCGUUCUGAAAACAGUUAACAUGCGAAUUGUUAAUGUAAGGAACAUCUUGCGUAUGGUAGACAUGAGCGAAGGAAUUUGAAUUAAAAUAAAUAGUCCAAUUGGCAUGUUUUA